AUGGAGCCACUGCCGGAGAAUUUGCUUGAGGAAAUCGCUGGAGAGCAACUGGCGAUUGAUGUGGCCGCACUGUCUGGCCGCACUGUUGAGGACGUGAAGGCGAGUGGUGCGCAGAGCUCACUGGUCGCACUGUUCAUGACUGGCGGAGUGCCAGACGGCAGAAUGGACUUGCAGCGACUGGCGCAAGGCGAAAGCUUUGUUCGCCCGCCGACUGAGACCGCCGACCCGCCGACUGGUGCCAGUGAGCCUGCGACUGGCCCUGCUGCGCUUGAUGCCACAUUGGGCAUCACUGCUUCGAACGGCACUGGGAAUAACAUGCCGACUGGGCAGCCCCGCGUGCCAAAUGUGUUGAAUGAGCCGAAUGCUGCCUUGAGUGCUGUGCCCUGGGGGGCACCACUUGAUGAACGAGACAAUGGUGUAGCACAGGCUGGAGUGUGGAGGUUUGACCACCCGGACCAGCACUCGAAUGAGCUCUUUGAGAAUGAGAAUGCACUCGUUGGGGAGUGUUUGAAGAGUGUGAAGGAGGAGCCGAUUGCCUUCGCGGUGUUUCGCCGCAUCAAGGCGACUGCAAUGAGAAGAUUGGUUGCUGGCGGAGCCGGUGGAAAUGCUCGAAUGAAGUUGGCGAAAACCUUUAAUCACCAAUUCACUGACCAUAUCAGCACUCAUGAGUGGGAUGGCAAUGGUCCGAAUGAUUGGCCCUGGACCUUGGGGCCACUGUCACUGAACAGUGCUGCCACGAUGACUGAUCCAAUGUGCUACCGCAGCCUCAAACUGCUGCUGUCCCUGAAUGAGAUCAUCGAACGGAGGGCAAUGGCAACCACCCGCGGACAAUGCCUCAUCGAGUGGAGACUGAUGGGACACACAAUGGCCCCUCUCUGCCAAGCGGUCGGAGGUGGAUUGGAGCACGACUGUUCCACCUGGGACGAGAUCUCAUUAUGA